UUUAAAGGUGGAUUCCGCCUCUUUUCCUUCCCCAUUAAAGUUGCAAAUCAAAGAGCAACCUUCUGACAGCUGAAGGGAAGAAAUUUGACAGGUAGGGGACUUUCUCUGACAACCAAAAUCUUGAAGAACCAACCUGCCGCCAACUUUGUUGGAGCAAAUUUUAGGUGAGCAGGGACGUCACUUUCUUCUCUCGGAUUUCAUGAAUCUUGGCCUUGUUUUAUGCAUGUUUGGGGUUAAUUCUUGUUGGCUUUAUGCAUUGGACUUUUGUUGCAAAUCUUGGAAAAAAAACGCUUGAAUCCUAAAUUUUUAUGGAUGAAAUAUGCACUUAUAGUGUGUGCUUGAAGCUUUAAGCCGCUCCUUCCAAUUAAUUAAACACCCUUAUUCUCUCCCCUUCAUUCCACGCUACAUAUGCUCAUCAAUUGACUUCUUUUCUGUAAAAAGUGUUUGCUGACUAUUGGCCCUCAGUUUUUCUUAAUGCAAUGAAGCCGGUUGUUAAUGACAUAUAUAAUAGAGGUCAGGUGAUGAGCGCUGAACAAACCAAGUCAAUAGAAGUUCUCCUGUUGUAAAACGACGUCACAUAACAUCAGACCUUCAGAUGGCAUGGGGAAACAUUUACAGAAGACGCAUGAAAGUACUCAAGAUGGCCUUGAAGAUUUUCCUGGACUACAAGGGUGUUCAAGUGAAAGAGAAAUGGACCAAAAAGUCUGAAAGAGCUGAAUUAUGGGAGAAGGCUCAUAAGCGAAAUGCUCGGAGUGUUGUGAAUUUGAUGGUAGAGUUGAGCGGCCUAUGGGUGAAAAUUGGACAGUACUUAUCAGCACGUGCUGAUGUGCUUCCAGCGGAGUACAUUUCUCAGCUCAAAAAGCUUCAGGACUCGCUUCCUCCUCGCCCUUUACUUGAGGUUCGUCAGACCAUAGAAAAAGAGUUGGGAAAAUCCAUCGACGAUGUCUUCAUGGAUUUUGUCAGAACUCCUUUGGCAACAGCAUCAAUUGCACAAGUCCACCGUGCCAAGCUGAUUGAUGGGCGGGAUGUGGUUGUCAAAGUUCAACAUCCGGGCAUCAAGACAAUUUUCUUGGAGGACCUGAAGGAUGUAAAAUACAUUGUCGACUGGAUAGCUUGGGCAGACCCUGUAUAUAACUUCAAACCUGUUUUAGACGAGUGGUGCAGAGAAGCUCCAAAAGAACUUGACUUCAAACUUGAAGAGGAAAAUACUAGAACUGUGUAUGCCAAUCUUUGCUGCAAAAACAGAUGCGAAGAUAACAAGUCUGCCAAUAGAGUGGAUGUUCUUGUUCCCAAAGUUAUUCAGUCAACUGAAUCUGUCCUCAUGCUGGAGUAUAUGGAUGGGAUACGUUUAAAUGACUCUGAAUCUCUGGAAGCUUCUGGUGUUGACAAGCGGAAAAUUGUGGAAGAAAUUACACGUGCAUAUGCCCACCAAAUUUUUGUUGAUGGAUUUUUCAAUGGCGAUCCUCAUCCUGGAAAUUUCCUUGUUAGCAAGGAGGCUCCCCACCGUCCAAUUUUGCUUGAUUUUGGGCUCACGAAGAAACUAUCAAACUCAGUGAAACAAGCACUUGCAAAAUUUUUGUUGGCUUGUGCAGAGGGAGACCAUGUAGCUCUUUUGUCUGCCAUGGCAGAAAUGGGACUUAAGCUGCGUCUAGACAUGCCUGAGCAGGCUAUGGAGGUCACAACUCUAUUCUUCCGUGAGUCCACGCCAGCAGAUGAAUCUCAUAAAACCAGGGAAGCUAUAACUCAGGAAAAGGCAAAAAGCAUGAAACAUAUACAGGAAAAGAUGCAGUUUACCGAAAAAGAAAUUAAACGCUUUGAUCCUUUUGAUGCCUUCCCUGGUGAUUUUGUGAUGUUUUCAAAAGUCCUUACUCUUCUUAGAGGUCUUUCAUCUAUGAUGAAUGUUCGCAUUGUAUAUCUGGAUAUUAUGAGACCAUUUGCUGAAUCUGUUUUAGAAGGAAACAUGAACAAGGGACCAGCAACAAAUCCCCAAUGGAUUUAUGAUUCUCCAACCCAUUCUGAAGUGGAGGCCAAGUUGAGGGAAUUCUUAGUUCAGUUGGGGAAUGAGGACAAAAUACUUGGAAUUCAGGUUUGUGCGUACAAGGAUGGUAAGGUGAUUAUAGAUACUGCUGCUGGAGUGCUUGGUAGAUAUGAUCCUCGUCCUGUUCAGCCUGAUAGUCUUUUUAAUGUUCUUUCAGUAACAAAGGGCAUUACAGCAGGAUUGUUACACUGGCUUGUUGACAAAGGAAAACUCAAGCUUGAGGAUAAUGUUGCUGACAUUUGGCCUGAAUUCGGAUCAAAUGGAAAAGAUCUCAUAAAGGUCCAUCAUGUGCUUAACCAUACUAGUGGUUUGCACAAUGCUUUAGAUGAGAUGGGACAGGAAAAUCCCAUUCAAUUUACUGACUGGGAUGUUUGUUUGAGUAAAAUUGCUGCAUUAGAACCUCAAAGUAAACCAGGCCAAAAGCAGGUCUAUCACUAUCUGUCUUUCGGUUGGCUGUGUGGUGCAAUAAUUGAGCGAGCAUCUGGCAAGAAAUUUCAGGAGAUUCUUGAAGAAAUAUUCGUUCGACCCCUAAAUAUAGAAGGGGAGUUGUAUGUUGGAAUUCCACCAGGUGUGGAAUCUCGACUUCCAACUCUUUCAAUAGAUGAAUAUGAUCGCGUAAAGUACUCGGACACAUCUUAUUAUUCUGCUCUACCCCCUGAGUUCCAGCAUGACAAAGUUGCAGAGAUCGUCACCUCCUUGCCAGUUUUCUUCAACAUCUUGUGCGUUCGCCGUGCUGUCAUUCCUUCUUGUAAUUUACAUUGCUCAGCUCGUGCAGUCGCACGCUACUAUGCAACUCUAGCUGAUGGGGGAGAGAUUCCACCCCCACAUUCCUCUUUAUCCAAUCCACCGCUUGGCAGUCACCCUCACAUCCCCAAAUUUCCUUCUCAAGAGAAGUCAAAAAAACCAAAUGGUAAGAAAAACAAGGAUGUGCCUUCUCCUUCAGAGGACAAUACAAAUAAUAAGGCUAAAGAUGCUAGUGGUGAUGCUAGCACUGGGCCCAUAAAUAUGGGUGGCAAGAUUUUUAAUAACCCUAGAAUUCAUGACGCGUUCCUGGGUGUGGGUGAAUAUGGGCAUUUGGCCUUGCCAAAUGGGCAAUUUGGACUGGGGUUUAAGAGGAAUAAAGCUGCUGAUGGAUCAAUUAUCGGUUUCGGGCACUCAGGCAUGGGCGGAUCAACGGGUUUCUGUGACAUAAAAAACAGAUUUGCUAUAGCAGUGUCAUUGAAUAAAAUGUCAUAUGGUGCUACAACUGCAAGAAUCAUGGAGUUGGUUUGUUCCGAGCUCAAUAUCCCACUGCCGGUGGAGUAUAGUAAAGUCAAGGACUUUGACAGGCCUCUCACUCGCUGAAAUUGAGUAUCUCAUAUUCCCAUUGUAUAAAUUAUAUCCUCAUCUUAUAUUGCUUCCACAAAAGCUGAAUAAGUAUACAUUUUAAUCAAGUUAUGAUAUUGAAUAAAAGAAAGUUGUCAUUAUUUUA